AUGCCAGUACCGUUUGAAGCAGUGUUACCUUUUGGUAUUAUUAUUGGUAUGUUUGUUGUAACAGGAGGGCUUUUAACAGCUGUUAAACAAUAUCGUAAUGAAGGUUAUACUCCUCGAUAUUCAGUUGAUCGGUGGGAUGAACAGAUGAUGGAACGAGAUCGACGUUUAACAGGUUCAUUACGUAAACAAUCAGAUGCAGCUCGAGCAUCUAAGAUAUGA